UCAUCUGGAGUGAAAGGGAUGUGUGCGAUGAGUUUAUUAGUUUCUCCAUGGAUUUCUGGAGCCUUCACCCUCUCUCCUUCUUCCGCUUCCUCUUCCUCCUCCAAUUUCUCCAAAUUCCAUUUCUCUCUUUCCUCUUGUGGUCGUGUGGUGUGUCGGGCUCAGUACGCGUCCAAGGACCUCAAAUUCGUUUUGCAUCAUGCGCUUGACGCCUUGGGAACCGACAUCGCCCAUGCCAAAGUGGCAAGGGAUGGCUUCUGUUCGGAAAUUAAAAGGUUAUCAGAUAUCGAGAGGGAAACUAGCAUUAGCAUAAACAGAGGGGUUGAUUUGGGAAAAGCAGCUCUUUACAUAGCAGCAGAAGAUGAUUCCCUUAUUUCGCACUCUUCUGUUCCUCUCCCUGUCGACGCUUUCAUCGAGAGACUGGAUGACCUUUCCAUGGAUUACUGCUCUCACUAUAGCUCUGCAUUCAGAGCAUCACCUGAGAUUUUUUUUGAGACUCUGGAGAGAUAUUUGUAUAUUAACAAGGGUUUCCGGAGAACCAAUGCAAAUCUGUCUGAAUCACGGGCUCUAUAUCUUCAUUCGGUUUUAACACAUCGUUCAGGCUCUGCUGCUAUGCUUUCUCUUAUUUAUUCAGAGAUCCUGAAAAUGCUUCGGCUAUGGGGUCUCUUGGACUUUGAUGUUGAGAUUUUUUUCCCUCACGAUUCCCAUAGCCUUCCUAGAGGCUAUCAUAAACAGAAAAGCAAGGAGUCUGAUCAACCACAUAUAAUGACAUCACAAUCCUUAUUGGUGGAGAUGUUGAGAAGCUUGAAGGAUGCGUUCUGGCCAUUUCAACAUGAUAAUACCAGGAGCUUAUUCUUGAGGGCAGCCCAUGCUGCGAAUUGCAUUGAUAGAUCAAAUAUGGUUACAGAAAGUGGCUUUGAGCUGGCAUCUGCAAAGGCUGCUCAGCAUAGACUGGAACGUGGUGUUUGGACCAGUGUACGGUUUGGGGAUAUGAGACGUGCAUUAUCAGCUUGCGAACGUCUUAUUCUCCUGGAAACUGAUUUGACGGAAUUGAGAGAUUAUAGCAUUCUUCUUUACCACUGUGGAUUUUAUGAGCAGUCACUGCAAUACCUCAAAUUGUAUCAGGAUCUGGAGAGUUCUUCCACAGAGAAGCAGUUAUCCAAUUCACCGAGCAACCUGGAGGAAGAUGCUGUGGCAAAACUGAUGGUGCGCCUCAAUCUCAUUUUGAUGGAGGAAGGUUGGAGUUGUCCCACACAUAGAAGUUUCCUUGGAGUCCGAGACAUGUGACAACAAAAUUAUUAGAACUAGCAGCACACAUGGAGCUAGAGAGUUGGGGCAUAUGCCAUUCUUUCAACUUACACCUUGCCAGAUAUUUGAUAUGUGAUAUUCAUGACAGGAGCAGAGUCCAUAGGAUCAUCAACCAGAUCAGAUGCUGAAACAGCCCGAUCAAAGGAUGAAUGAUGUAGAGGGUAUGCAUUUUAUCAUCUCUCUGCUGUUUUUUUAGUGCAAUUGCUGGACUGUUAACAUGAUAUAUCACAUGCAACAAAGUAAAUCAAUGUAUGUAAAUAUUACUUGUGCCUGACAAACUGACCAAAUGGAUCAGUAAGAGAAGAGUUGUCUCUCUAUAUCUCUAUGUAAAAAACCUUCUAGGUUUAAUUAUGAAAGAAAAUGCAGUGGAUGGCAACAUUGGAAUAAGUCCAAGAGAAAUUUAUCUUGGAUGCUGAUUCUAAUACAUCUUUUCUCAACUUGUUAACACAAAAUAGAAGAUAAAUCUACUUAUAACCAA